GUUCGGACCAGUCCCGAGUCGUUAGUGUUGCUACCGCUAAGCCGGACACUAAAUUAAAAAUAAUUCACGCAGCCUGUUGCGACGCUUCACUUUAGGAGACUAGACCAUCAGGCCAGUGCUUUUGGCAGUGACGCCAGUAAACCGCCACCACCGUGGUUUUGUUUGCUGCAACAAUGAAGCUAUUGCACCUUCACGCAUCUUUUCUUUUGAUGAUCUCGGCUCUCUCUGCCGCAGAUGGUUCAUGCAACGAGAGCGACACCCUCUUCGACAUCGGGUUAGUGAAGGCACUAAGCAGGCCAUCCUUCGAUGCCUUUCCUCUGCCAUACAUUCGCCGCACAUUCCGUAAAGCAAUCGACUUUGAAGUGAGUCUGUCUCAAGGAAAGCUGUACGGACUUGCAAGCCUGAGACUCUUCAGCCACAGCUACAUCAACGCCACCGAAAACGGCAUCACAGCCAGUUUCGGUAUUGACGGCGGUCCGCUCGAAGUGACAUACACUGGAACCAUUCGCUCUGUACUCUUACACUCCCAAGUCUUGCUGAGCGUCCACAUUCCGAGGAUCGAGCUCUUCAUCAAAGCCCAUGAGGGAAUAUUAAAUAACCUGCACGUCGAUUACGUGAUCUCCCGUGCCUCCUCGGUGACGUUCAGGGCAAACCAGCUCAACGAAAGCAACCUGGUGGUCGAGUUCAUCACCUUUAUCACCCGACACCGCUUCGAGGAGGAGAUUAAGAACAAAAUUAACGGUGUGAUUUCCGCAGCUGUGCACCACUUCUUGGGCCAGGUUGAGCUUUUUGUGAGAAACGGAACGAUAAUAGAAGAAAUUAAAAGUCCUCGAGACGACCCGAGCUAUAUUCCUGGGAUUGUCUUGCCUGGACGUGGUGGAAUAUGUUAUUCCGACUAUCCUCUGGGCCCUUACGGAUCGGGAAUAUUUGACUGCAGCAUCUGGCGAAUGACAAUGGCGUCAAAGCUCGACCCUCUUGUGCUUUCUGACGUGGACGACAUCACCUGGGGAGGCAUGCUUUUCCACAUAACCAACGUGACUGUUCGCGGCCUCAGCAGCCUUCGCCAAAGAGGCGACAAUUAUGCCGUGACGAAUCAAUGUGGUAUGAGCGCCCGUGUAGCCCUCACUUUCAAGAAUAUCAGGGUCCGCUUGUACGCUAACAUGGGCUUUCUAGCUCAGCGGUUGCAAAUGGACGUGCGAAUCGUGGGAGUCGACGUAGUCCUCCAGGUGAAAGAGAUCGACCAGGCCCUGGAAAUCGAAGACUACCAGCUCAAUUUCACACAACCACUCGAGUACGACGUGCACGUGCUCACGCCCGGUAUUCGUGAAGUGGUUGACGCAUCUCGAGUGCUCAUGGGAAAGCAGUUGACUGAAGAGCAGACAAACAAGCUGGAAGAUCACUCGAGGAAGUACCUGGAGCGGGCCAUAGGAACAGUGACCGAAUUUAUCAAGGAUCCGGCACCUUGGAUGCCAUGGAACCACUCCAUCAUCGAUGCUUACCGCAAAUACCUCGAACAGCGUCAAGAAUGAUGUAAAAAUACGCGAUUCCGUUACCCUAGAGUUUAUGCAUAUAAAGAUAUUUAGUCGCACACCUUUACCAGAUCACAUCCUUGCAGGGUGGACCAAACGAUUACGAUGUGCCAAUAAAAAACCACAGCCUAUG